AUGGCAGGUGCACCACAUCCACAUACUUAUAUGGGCUGGUGGGGUAGUUUAGGCUCCCCAAAGCAAAAAUAUAUUACUCAAUAUACUAUUUCUCCAUAUGCUGCUAAACCAUUAAAGGGGGCUGCUUAUAAUGCUGUUUUCAAUACUUUUAGAAGAACCAAGAAUCAAUUUCUUUAUGUUGCCAUUCCAUUUGUUGUUGUUUGGAGUAUUUGGACUAGAGCUAGAGAUUAUAAUGAAUACUUGUACACUAAAGAAGGUAGAGAAGAAUUGGAAAGAGUUAAUGUUUAA